AUGGCUACUCAAGCUUCCAAUUCUGCUCCUUAUGAGGGCACUGAAGUCAUCACCUUCACCUUCUAUGAUCCUUCGCAGCGGGAUUCUCUCUCUGACGAGAACACCGAGCCCGGAAGAAUCUUUGCUACCACCCUCCGUGUUUAUCUUGAGAAUGAACACACUGGCACCGUCUGGUGGGCUACUGUUCACGAUUCUCUCACCAAGACCAAGCUCUUCAUCGAUUGGAAGACUCUUGCUGGCAAGGACGAGUUUGAAAACACUGCUCAGGCGACUCUUCUCGCCAACAACUGGAAGACUAUUACUUCGGCUCCCGUCACGAAGGAGACUUUUAAAUUCAACCCUCCCAACGCCGUGGCUCGACAGGCCGCUCUCUCCAGCACCUACGAAACAGUCUCCGUCUGCUUCACCUUCCGCUUCAACUCUGCCAUCCACGCCGAGCAGCUUGACGGAGCAUUCCAGGAGCUCAACCACGCCAUCAUGCUGAGCCCCGGCGCCGUCGUCGCCAGCUACUCCAUCGGCGGCUGGAGCGUUGACCGCACUACCUACUGCGCUUGCUACCGCUACCUCAACGCCAAGGCCAUGAGGAACUUUGUCCACGGCGAGACCAAGGUUAGAGACCUUGUUGGAGAGCUUGAGGCUCGUGCUUCUGGAUUUCAGCUGGAUUUCAUGCAGACAAAGGCUUUUGAGCAGGGAUGGCAGGGGUCUGUGUUGAAGACUGUGCCUGAUAACCCUGUCCUUUCCGGUUUCAUGUCCGAGAUGCAAGAUCUCUUCAGUGGUAUCGAUGGUUCCACACUGCGUGGCGAGAACUGA